AUUAUUCAUCUCUCGGGGAGAGAGAGUGAGCAGCUCAGGUGGUUCAGGUUGCAGUCCGUCCAUCCGUGUCCGUCACUGUGGUCAGGACGCGCUGUGGGAACAUGAGGGCGAAGGAAAACGACAUGGCCAGUAAAGACUGUGUGAAAGUGGCUGUUCGAGUCCGGCCGUUCAAUAAGAGGGAGAAGGAUGCAGGCAGUCGCUGUGUCGUCUCCAUGAGCAACAACAUCAUCACCAUCCAGGAUCCUCGCAACCAGCAGAACCGCAGAACCUUCACCUUCGACCACGCCUUCUGGUCCCACAAUGGCUUCGUCCGCAACGGCCGCGGCCUGUUCGUACCGGAGGAGGAGGGAGGACGCUACGCAGAUCAGGUGAGUGUGUUCGAGGGUCUCGGUCAGGGGGUCCUGGAGAACGCUCUGCAGGGCUACAACGCCACGCUGUUGGCCUACGGUCAGACCGGCUCAGGGAAGAGUUACUCCAUGCUGGGUUACGGACCCAACAAAGGCCUCGUCCCCACACUCUGCGACAGACUGUUCCAGUUCAUCAGGACCAACCAGGACAGCCGCCAGUGCCAGGUUUUCUUCAGCAUGCUGGAGAUCUAUAAUGAACAGGUGAUCGACCUGCUGUCCAGAGGUAGCCGUUCUCCUGGGGGUCUGCGAGUGAGGGAGGAUCAGCAGAGGGGCUUUUACGUGGAGGGUCUGAGGAGGAUCCCAAGUGACAGCGCCGCUCAGGUGGAGCAGCUGAUGGAGCAGGGAACCCGAACCAGAACCACCGCAGCCACUCACAUGAACUCCAACAGCAGCCGCUCACACAUGCUCAUCAUCCUGCAGCUCAAACAGAUCUUCUCUAAAGAGUGCAUCACCAAACAGUCCAACAUCAACCUCGUAGACCUGGCAGGCAGCGAGAGGCAGCGGUCAUCAGGGUCAGAGGUCGACCGGCUGAAAGAGGGCACGGCUAUUAACCUCAGCCUGACCACCCUGGGCAACGUCAUCAGUGCUCUGGCAGAAGCAGCUUUGGGGAAGAAGGUGGUUCAUAUUCCGUACAGAGACUCCAUCCUCACCAAACUGCUGCAGUCGGCGCUGGGCGGGAACAGCCGCACCGUCAUGAUUGCAACUCUGAGUCCUGCAGAUAUUUGUUAUGAGGAGUCUCUGUCCACGCUGCGCUACGCAGAGCGGGCCAAGCGGAUCCAGAACAGAGCGGUGGUGAACGAGGGCCCCACGGAGCGCCUGGUUAAAGAGCUGAAGGCCGAGAAUGCUAAACUGCUUCUGAGGCUCAGCCGACUGGACCAGGAGGGCCGCCGGACAGAUGAAGAGACCAAAGAACUGCGACGAUUGCUGACCCACAACGAGCUCCAGAUCAGAGCCAUUCAGACCCUGUGGGAGCAACGACUGCAGGAGGCCCUGAAAGACUGGGAGGCUCAAUACACCACCAUAACACAGGAGAGGACGAUGAUGCAGAUGUAUCCAUACAUGCUGAACGUUAACGAGGACGCUCAGCUCUCCGGGGUCAUCAAGCUCUUCAUUCAGGACGGUGAGUGGGACGUUGGUCUGGCAGACAGUUCACCCAGAUCCAUAUCCGUCAGGGGGCUGGGUAUUCAGGAGAAACACGCCGUCUUCUCUAAUCAGCAGCGCAGAGUGACCGUUACCCCACUGUCAGGGUCAAAGGUCACAGUCAACGGAGCGACCAUAUCUCAGAAAACUGAACUGCAUCAUUUAGACCGGCUGAUUCUGGGCUCUAACAGCACCUACCUGUUCAUCGGGUUCCCCUCAGAACGGGCCGGAGAGGACUGGACUCGUUAUGAUUACGAUUAUUUCCAGUCUGAACUGGCCGCUGCUGAGGGCAUCCACCUCCACUCACUCUGUGUGUUUAUUUCUGUCUCUGCAGGGUCCAUCCAGCCUGACCCCAGUCUACUGGCCGUCUUCUACGACUACAUCAGGCUGAUGCCCAUGGUGACCGAGGCUAAUCAGAUGAGUCAGGAACUAAACAAGGGGGUGGAGUUUAAGCUGGAGAUUAAGAACCUGGCGAUGUCCGACUCUAAAGGUCACGACCUGGAGAAGGAGAUUGCAGUCAGGGUGACAUGUGUGGAGAGAAAACAGGUGUGGAUGUGGUCCAAAGCGAAGUUCAUUAACCGUAAGUUCCUGAUGGAGGAGAUGUACCAGCAGCAGGCUGGGGGCGUGUCUGGGGGUGUGGUUGUGGGUGGAGCAGACCUGCCCCCCCUCCCCAGAGACAGAGACCCAUUCUGGGACCCCCUGGAGCCUUUGCACCUCGGCAGCGCCCACCUGUGGCUGCAGUCUCUGCCCUUCCGCAUCCACGUGGAGGAGCAGGUGGAGGUGGUGGGACCUGAGGGCUCGGAGGAGGCCAUACUGCAGACCCAGCUGAUCCCCUGCAGCCCCACGGGAUUGCCGUUGGGGGAGGAUGAUAUCCUGAUUGACCCCACAGAGCUGUUGGGAAAACGUCUGGACUUCCAGCUGGUUCUGGAUCAGUGCUGUGGCCUGCGCUGGCUCAAAGAGGCUCGAAACCGUGGCGUCCAGAUUGGGUUUCAGAUGUUCGACUGCCCUCAGCCGCUCUACACACCGGCCGUGUGGCACAAUGUGAACCCGGUUCUGGAGUACAGGGUGCAGUUCACGGCCCUAAAGACGUCCCCCGAGCUGCUGAACUACCUGCAGAGCAGCGCGCUGGUGCUGGAGCUGUGGGGGCUGCAGGAGGGAUGCACUGACUUGGUGUCCAGUCUGGAUGGAGUGAGGACGACUCCGGAGGGCAGCAUCAUCAUCGACAAAGCCAGCACUCCACAAAACACAGUCAGCUCAGAUCUGAGCUCAUCUCUCCACGCUCUGCAUCAGGACCUGGAGCAGCUGAGGGUCACUAACGCAGCGCUGAGGAAGGAGAACAGCGCUCUGAGAGAGCAGCUCAGCGCAUCGGCACGACACGGUGCUGAUGGUGGGCGUGGCCGGCAGGAGAGGAGAGGGAGUCUGAGGACGAGCUGUGAUGCCGAUUUCGCUCGAGCGCUGAAGGUUUUCUAUCACAGCAUGACCUCCGUCAGGGGUCAACUGCAGCGUCUGCGGAGGCACAGACCCAGUGAGGAGGAGGACCUGCUGGGUUUGCGGCUGUUUGUGGACGAACACUCGCGCCUGCUGAAGGAUUUCGGGGAGCAGCUGGAGCAGAGCGUGUCCACGCUGAAGCAGGACGUGGCGGCCAUCGUACGCAGGAAGAGAGAAAAGUCCGGAAUCUGGUCCGAACGCUGA